AUGCGUGGAAAACAUUACAAAUAUAGUGAACAUAAAAUGGCUUUUGCACGGACCACACUGGGGUCUAAAACAAUUCACUACUUUGUUGUGUUAUUUGUAUUUGGUGCGCUCUACUACCUUUAUCAAUUCACUGAACUCUUUGGUUCAGGCUCGUCCUCAUAUUCGCCAGAAGAGCUCAAUACCUUGCUUCAGAACAAAGAAAGUCACAUUGUUGCUUUGAAAAAGACAGAGUUGACGCAGCAGGGGCUCAGUAGACCAUUCUUGGAUGAGUCACAAUUUCAUGUUAAGAACUGGGAUUUGAAAGGUAACACUAUGGUAAGAAAUAACGACUUUAUAAGAUUAACGUCUAAUGCUCCGCAUCUUGCGCUGAAUAUGUUUAGCAAAAUGCCUAUUGAGGCAGAUUCAUUUGAAAUGGAGUUGACGUUCCAUAUCCACAAUGAUGAAGUUAAACAUGGCUUGGUUGGCGACGGCCUAGCUGUUUGGUUCUUGGAUAAGCCCAGCGAAGUUGGUGAGAUCUUUGGUAUCAGAAAUAAAUUUACGGGGUUGGGUAUCAUGAUGGACACCUACAAGAAUGGUAAACGUGGCUCGUUUCCUUUUAUCAACUUGAUGUUGGGCGACGGUAAGACUUUUUACAAUAAAGGAACGGAUGGCUAUGAGACCAGACUAGCAGGGUGUUAUGCGAAAGAGAUCUUGAACCCACUGUCCAAGGAGACAAAGAUGAGAUUGAUUUACAUGAAGAACGGUUAUCUCUCCAUAGAUUUUAAUUAUUUUGGUAGGCACGAAGACUGGCAAAACUGUGUUACUUUAACGGAUGUGAAAUUGCCCCAUAUCAAGUACCUUGGUUUGAGUGCAAACACCGGGCAACUUUAUGAAAAUGUUGACAUCAUAGAGAAUAAGAUAUAUGCAUUGUACAAGCCUAAUGGCGAGUUUGUCGAAUCCAUAGAUGAGUUGAAUGAAUUGAUCAAAGAGCAAAAUGAAUACGAAAGUGAAAGUUCCUCGUUAGCUGAAAUUAAUGCGAAAGUAGAAGAGGCUAAAAAGCAGGAUAAUCAGCAGCAGCAGCAGGGACAAGGUGGUCGCAAGAACAGAGCAUUCAAAAAAAAGUUGAGCUCUCAAAGAAGAAGAACUUUGAGCAGAUUAAAGAAUGCCGAAAAGAGGAUUAAGGAAAGAGAAAGGCAAGUUAGAUUACAAAAAUAUGGUGAUCCAGAUGCCACCUUCAUUAAAAGAGUAUUUGGAUAUAUACUUAAAAGCAUCAAGUUUGGAAUUUAUGCAUCAAUCGCAGUCUUUUUACUUUGGCUUAUCCGAGUCAUUGUCAAAACGCAAAGACAGAAUAGAAAACUGAAAAUAUCUGGUUUAUUAGAUUGA